AUGCUGCAUGGGGUGGUGGUAGAUGAAGGUGAAAAGACUUUGGGCAGUGCUGAAGACCCAGCCUGGCUCCAGCUUCUUUGAAAGAACUCCAGCCGCCCAGCACCUCAGCCCACAGCCCUCUGCUGCCCACAGGAUGGGAGCCUGGGGGCUGGGAACCCAGCCAUGAGGGACUGCUGCCCCUCCCAGCAGAAAACCAGCCCUGUACCCCUUAGGCACAACCUUGUACAAAGCCCAGGCAUGGAUUCUAGACACAGCAGCCCCAGUGGGGCUGGGGAAGGGACCUCCUGUUCUGAGGGCCCUGGAGGGAGCUCAGCCUGCCCCUCCCUGACCUGUAUCCCUCCCCAAGAGGCAGCCACCAAGGAAACACUGGGGACACAUAGAGCCUUGAUCUCAGGGACAACAGAAACCACUUUCUCUGGGAAGCCAGAGCCUGUGUCCUCAGUGAAAACUGAGCCCACAUCCUUGGAGAACAGAAAUCCUGUGUUCUUGGAGAAGAUGGAUCCCAAGUCGUCAAAGCAGGCAGAUUCCACUUCUAUAGGAAAGGAAGAUGCUGGGUCCUUGAGGAAGGCAGAUCCCACGUUUAUAGUAAAGACAGAGCCUGUGGUCUUGGGAAAAGGGGAUCCUAUGGCAUCUGGAAGGAUGGAUCCUGUGACCCCAAGAAAGGAGGAUCCAGGAUCCUUGGGAAAGGUAGAUCCGGUGUGCUCUGACAAGGUGGACACAGUGUCCCCAGGGAAGGAGGAUCCUGUAUCCUCUGCCAAAGUGGGUCCUGAGUUCCCAAGAAAGGAGGGGCCCAGGUAUUCAGGAAAAGAGCUUCCUGUGGCCUCAGAAGAGAUGGCUUCUGCAUCUGUGGGAAAGGCAGAGCUUGUGUCUUUGGGAAAGAGAGAUCCUGAGCCCUCAGGAAAGAUGGAUCCUGGGUCCUUAGAAAACACAGAUUCUGCAUCUGCGGGAAAGCCAGAUCCUGGGUCCUUGGGGACACUGACUCUAGGGUCACCUGGCAAAAUUGAGCCUAUAUCUCCAGGAACAGUGGCUCUGGGGUCCUCAGUAAGGAUGGAGCCUACUCACUUGGGGAUGACAGAUCCUACAUUUGUAGGAAGUACAGAAACUGUGUCCUCCACAGAAGAGGACCGUCAGAUCCUGGGGCAGAUAGAUAAUGCCUCCUCAGGAAAGGGAGACCCCAUGUCUAUGAGAGUGAUAAAAACCAUGUCUGCUGGGCAGGUGGAUCCUAUAUUUUCAGGAAAGAUGGAACCCACAUCGUUGACAAAUGUGGAUCCUGUGUCUUCAGGCAGGGUGGGUCCAGUUUCUUUGGGAAAGGUGGAUCUUGUGCCCUCAGGAAAACCAGAGCCCUUGUCUCCUGGGCAGGCAGAACCAAUGCCUGUGAGGAAGGCAGAAACCGUCUCACUACGAAAGGAGGACCCAGUGCCCUCCACAAAGGUGGAUCUCAUUUCUAUGGGAAAUACAAAAACAUCAUCUGGAAAAGUGAAUCCUGAAUCAAAAGGGAGGAUAGACCCUGUGCCCUCCGGUCCAGGGCAUCCCAAAUUCUUGGGGAUAGCGGGACCCUCAUCCUCUGUAAAAGCUGAGGCAGUGACUGGGGGGAAAGCAGAUCCACUGUCCUCAGAGAAGGCAGGUCCUAUGGCCUCUGGAAUGGUGGGUCCCACAGCCUCAGGGAAGGCUGAUCCCCUGGCCUUCCGCAGGGGGGACACUGUGUGCAGUGGGAAGGUGGAAGGUGGUCCCUCUGGAGAAGUGGACUCUGUGUCUUCAGGAAUAUUGGCCCUCGUGACUCUAGAAAAAACAGUUCCAGCAUCCAUGGCAAAAGCAGAAGCUGUCCCGGAGGGAAAGGUGGAUCCCCUGCCUCCGGAAACAGAGAAUCUUAUGAACUCCGCGAAGGUGGAUCCCAGGGCCCCAGGAAAGGCAGAACCCAACUCUGGAGGCAAAACAGACACAAAGCCCCUAGGGCAGGGGGGCCCGGCUUCCCCGGGAAAAGCAGACGCCGCGUCUCCGCAGAAGGAGAAGCCGCUGGCCCGGGAGAAAGGGGAGCCGGCGUCCUGCGGAAGGGCAGACCCUAUUGUCUCUGGGAAGGCGGAGCCUGUGGUCCCCGCGCAGGCCGAGGACGCUGCGCCUCCGAGAAGAGCAGAGCCCUCGUCCUCGGGGAAGUUGGCCCCGCUGCCCCUGAAGAAGGCAGGGGCCGCCUCCUCCAGGCAGUCGGACGGCAAGCCGUGCGGGCCGGGCCCUUCUCCCGCGGGGGCCGCCAGUGGCGGAGGCCUCGCGGGGCCGGCGCCCGCGCCCGCGCCCGCGCCCAGCGCGGAGGCCUCCAGCCUAGGCCCGGCAGACCUGGGGGCCCCUGGGGCUGACGGAAGCCCCGGCCCCGAGCCCGCGGGACCCCCGCCCGCGCCGCGGACUCGCGACAACUUCACGAAGGCGCCGUCCUGGGAGGCGAGCGCCCCGCCGCGGGAGGACGCGGGCACGCAGGCGGGCGCUCAGGCCUGCGUGUCGGUGGCCGUGAGCCCCAUGUCUCCGCAGGACGGCGCGGGCCCGGCCUUCAGCUUCCAGGCGGCGCCGCGCGCGCCCAGCCCCGCGCCCGGGCCUCCCUCGCGCCGGGACGCGGGCCUGCAGGUGUCGCUGGGCGCCGCCGAGACGCGCUCCGUGGCCACCGGGCCCAUGACGCCGCAGGCGGCCGCCCCGCCCGCCGCGCCGCCCGCCUUCCCCGAAGUCCGGGUGCGGCCCGGCUCCGCGCUGGCAGCCGCCGUGGCGCCCCAGGAGGCGGCCGAGCCCGUGCGCGACGUGAGCUGGGACGAAAAGGGCAUGACGUGGGAGGUGUACGGCGCCGCCAUGGAGGUGGAGGUGCUGGGCAUGGCCAUCCAGAAGCACCUGGAGCGACAGAUCGAGGAGCACGGCCGCCAAGGGGCGCCCGCGCCGCCGCCCGCCGCCCGCCCGGGCCCCGGCCGUGCCGGCUCCACGCGCGCCGCGCCCCCCGAGGGCCCCGCCAAGCGCCCGCCUGGCCUCUUCCGCGCGCUGCUGCAGAGUGUGCGCCGGCCGCGGUGCUGCUCCCGAGCCGGACCCACGGCCGAGUGAUCUGCCCCCCUUUUGUACGCCCGGGUCUCCAGCCUUUUCAGGCUCCCUUCUUGACCAC